AUGCAAGGCGACAAAGACAGAACGUACAGACGAGUUCUGUUCGGGCCGAUGGGCGUUGGCAAGUCCUAUCUGUCCUAUUUCCUUGCGGCAAGGGCGUAUGCGGAAGGAUGGCUCGUCCUCUACAUUCCGGAUGCGGGGCUAUUGCACACGGAAACGGAGGAGGAGUCAAAGCUGGAGCUGGUCAGGCGAUUCCUGGCACUCAACAAAGACAUUUUGACCGGCAAUGAAUUGGAGAUGCUUGUAAACGAGUACAACGGCAAAUACCACGUUUCAACGCACGCUGUCUGGGCGAUCUUCCGAGAUUUGCUCAUGUCGUGGGAUCGGAAGACGCUGCUGCUUGUUGACGAGCAUGGAAAGUUGUUCCAUAAAGAGCCCUAUGUGCCGGACAAAUUCAAGUCGCUGGUUCCUCUGAAGUCGUACCACUGGUGGGGAGAAAACGCCAAAGGGUCCCGGGUGAUUUUCACAGGGACCGCACACGCCAAAUACGAAAUGGGGAUCCUGGAUGAGAGCUAUAGACCUACUUCGGUAGUUUUUGUAGGCCCCUUAUCGAAGAAUGUAUUCUCCAACUUACUGGACACGUACCCUCGCCUGGUAGCACCGGCCAUCAGAAAAGAAGUGGCAGAAAUCACGAAUUGUGUUCCACGAGAGCUUGUGAAACUGUCAGACGGCGUCAAGGAUCUCGCAGAUCCGAUCUCUGUGGACAACCUUCAAGAAUGGACGAAAAGCCGAACCAAAUAUUACUUUUCGAUCGCGGAGCUGUACUUCAAGAGUCUUGAUCCUUAUAGCAAGAAUCGAUUCUACACAGCCCUUCUACAAACGUUUCUGGGCAGCACAAGCACAGUCGAUUUCGAAUGGGACUUCUUGGAUCUAGGACUCAUUUAUCGGAGCAAGGAUGUUGGCAAGAUCGGGACUCAACACCACAUUUUAUGCAGCCCCGCCCAGCAAGCUCUUCUAGAGCUGUUCAAGACGCUUCCACUACCUGAGGAUACCAAGGAACGAAUUUGUCACGGCAGCCUCAGUGAGGACGAUUUUGAGACGGCACUAUGUCAUCAGCUCAUAUGUACCACCAAACCAAUCAUGCUCAAUGCGACAGAUCUCAACGUCUACAUCCGUGGCUCUCCUGGCGAACCUGCGCACCGCGAGUUGGUUAACAAGUUCCCAGAUGUUCUACAUAUCACCUUCGAGCAACUCAUGGAGAAGCUUUUCAGGAAUAUAGCUAAUCGUCCCUCCAGGGUGUAG